CACCGAUCCCAACGUGAUCCCACCGCACACAGUCGUUUAAAAAAAUCAACCCACAAGGUAAGCGUUCUGGACACGCUCUGUCUCUAAAAUGUAACAACUUGACAUUCAACAUUUCAUAGCAACGGCCUAUGCAAAUACCACGAUUCCAAUCAUCAACUCGUAUCAAUGCCAUGGAUGACAUACACAACGAAAUGAGAGAUGAAGACGUAUACAUUCCAUUAGCUGUGCGUAUCAAAUUAUUCGAGCAAAACCUUCGGGGUGGCGACCGACUUGCUCAAAAUAAAGCCACGAAUUCGCAAGCCAAACCCACCGAUACCCAUCAUACAUCAACUUCUUCCUCCCUAACACGACCACGCUCACCAAAACUUCUUACACGCCAACGCUCACAUCCAUCGAACCUGCGAUCUUCUUCUCAAAGCCAGUCUCAAUCUAGUCAAGAGAAGCGACCGCCACUAUCAACCGAGCAGACCAACUCAGGCUCUGAUCGCCACCGCACUCUUUCUCGCAUUAGCCGUCCCCGCACAACAGGAGUUUCACGAAAUAAACGCAUUUCAUCAGCUACCAGACCUGGAAACUCCAAAGCAUCUAACGUACCAUCGUCUGAAAGCAGUGAGCUCCCAAAAAAUGUCACCAAAAAGCAAAAAACUUCUCAUCACACCACCACAGUAAAGCCAUUCCGUUUCGCAACCGAUGAGCGUGCAGUACACCAUCAAAAGGCUUUCAAGGCCAAGUUGAGUCUGUGGAAGGAGAAAGAGAAAGAGAUCCUGGACGAAGCAACGCGAACAGUAGGAGCUGUCUCUCCACAGCGACACCGUGGUACUAAACGGAAGGUUCAAGAAGACUGAGAACACGAAAAUGACACAAAUUGGGGCGUCAUGGAUAGCAGUAUAUAUAAGCAUAAUCUUUAAUAAACAUACCUAAACAUCUGUAUCUCUAAUUAA